AUGCAGCGCUCUCUUCUGUUCAAUGUACUUGCCUUCAUGGUGGUUCUUGCGGUUGCAUACCCCAUGUCAGGAGCGAUUACGGAACGUUCCUCUGUAGCUAGGCGCGAGGAUGAGGCCCGUGGCGUAUACUUCCCGAUUAGCUAUGACAACAACAAGAAACGCUCCGAGGACGAUGCGAUCUUGUACCCCAUGUUACUUAAAGAACGUUCCUAUAAGUCUGAGCGCUCCGAGGAUGAUGCGAUCUUGUACCCCGUGUUACUUAAAGAACGUUCCUCUGAGGACGAUGUGAUCUUGUACUCCAUGUUAUUUAAAGAACGUUCCUCUGCAGGUGAGCGCUCCGAGGACGAUGCGAUCUUUUACCCCAUGUUAUUUAAAGAACGUUCCUCUGCAGUUGAUCGCUCCGAGGACGAUGCGAUCUUAUACCCCAUGAAACAAUGA